GGGAAGUAAGCUAUUAUCACGUGACACUCGGAUCAAGUGAUUGGCCCGGCCUCCGUGCCGGAGUUAUGAUUGGCUGGCUGAAAUAAGAACGACGCCAUUAGAGGCGGGCUGAAGAGGAGCGCAGGCGCGCUGAGUUGCGAGUCUCGGGACCCCUUUCGGAGAGACCAUGGCGCUUAACAAGAAUCACUCGGAAGGCGGCGGAGUGAUCGUCAACAACACGGAGAGCAUCCUGAUGUCCUAUGACCAUGUGGAGCUUACCUUCAAUGACAUGAAGAAUGUGCCAGAAGCCUUCAAAGGGACCAAGAAAGGUACCGUGUACCUGACCCCUUACCGGGUCAUCUUUCUGUCCAAGGGGAAGGAUGCCAUGAAGUCCUUCAUGAUGCCAUUUUAUCUAAUGAAGGACUGUGAGAUCAAGCAGCCUGUGUUUGGCGCAAACUAUAUCAAGGGAACCGUGAAGGCUGAAGCAGGAGGUGGCUGGGAAGGCUCCACUUCCUACAAGUUGACCUUCACAGCAGGGGGUGCCAUUGAGUUCGGACAGCGGAUGCUCCAGGUGGCAUCACAAGCCUCCAGAGGUGAAGCCCCCAAUGGAGCCUAUGGGUACCCUUACAUGCCCAGCGGGGCCUAUGUCUUUCCCCCACCAGUCGCCAAUGGAAUGUACCCCUGCCCUCCUGGCUACCCCUAUCCACCACCCCCACCUGAGUUCUAUCCAGGACCUCCCAUGAUGGAUGGAGCCAUGGGAUAUGUCCAGCCCCCACCACCACCCUAUCCUGGACCCAUGGAGCCUCCAGUCAGCGGCCCUGAUGUCCCCUCCACUCCUGCAGCCGAGGCCAAGGCCGCAGAAGCAGCUGCCAGUGCCUAUUACAAUCCAGGCAACCCACACAAUGUCUACAUGCCCACGAGCCAGCCUCCACCACCUCCCUACUACCCCCCAGAAGAUAAGAAGACCCAGUAGACUCCACCCUCCUCCCUGCCGCCUGUCUUCCUGGCUCUUUCCUACCCCUCCCUGUGGGGCUGGGGUAGGGGGUCCGGGAGGAUCUUGUUCUCUCCAGGGCUGAUGAUAAAUAGUGAUCAGGAACUAGCUUUUUGGGAUUGGUAUCCCAGUUUCCCAUUCCAGCUCUGACAUGGCUUCCUCUCACCAUCUCGGGCUCUCAGGAGCAGUGUCCUGCGGUUCCUAUCCCACUCUCCUUCCCACAGGAGGAACUCUCUGGCUUCCUCCUCCACCAGUCCUGCCCCCAAAGUCUGGUAGCAGUUUUACACUCAGCCUUGUGAGCUCCAUGCGACCGGCCAUGGGUCUUUCUGCCUGUUUCAUCAGAGCUUGCUAACAUUCCUCCCACUGGUCUGUGUCUGGCCCUGGAGGGCCACUGUCCUGACAGACUGUCAGCCCACAUUCCAGUCAGUCAGGCCCAGCCCCUAGUCACGUCCACCCUCCCUUCCCUGUCUUUGGACAUUCUGUUGCCUCCUGUGGCUUCAGGGGCCUUUCCAUGUUCCAGGGGUUGGGUGGCAUCAAGAGAAAGACCCCUUCAGCCAGGGUGGAAGCGCCUCUGCUCUCUGCUAAUGAUUCUGGAGUUCAAUUUCACACUUAAACUCCCCUCUGUCUAUAAAAGAGUGUCAGGGGUCACAGAGUGCAUGUCUGUCCCAUCGUGCUGGUUGGGGGCUGCAGGGUAGGCUGAGAAGCGGGAUUCGGCUCUUUGUGCUGACCACCACAGCUGCAGGCCCCUCAGCCUGUCCUUGGAUGCAGGACCUUCAACCUCCACGGCUCAGAGGCACGAAGAUUUGCCCUGUUGUUUCCAGACUGGUCACAAAGUGAGGAGAUGGUUAUUUAAAGAGAUUCCCUAUUUAUUUGACAAAAAAAAAAAAAAAAGUCAGUUAAUAUAUUAAUGUAAAAUAAACCCUGUUUGCACCUUGAUUUGUUUGCUAAAACUGUGAAAUAGUAAAAAUGAAGUAAUGACUCUU